AAUAGAGCACCAGAAAGGAAUGAGCAGUGUCUCACUGUCCACAUUGUCACUACAGCUUUUGUAUGCAUUUUCUUCUACCAGUCCUGAUGAUCACUUAUAGUGUAGGCUGCCAUGCCCAAAGAUACAACAAGGUUUUUUAUUUGUUUCUUUAAUGUAAAUUUCACAAGGAGAAUAAUAGUCAUUUUCUCCAGUGAUCGCUGCUUCUAAAGAUCUAAAUCUCAUGGACCUAUCAAAUGGAAAGCUAUCAGGCAGGAAUUGGAUUCUUAAUUAGUAUGAGCACCGCUUUUUAAAAUCACAUAGACAAUGUUAAGUCUAGAUCUAAUUGCGAUACAGGUGCAAAAAGAGACAGUAAAGCCUUAACAGGCUGAUAUUUCUUUUUAAUGAUAAAAUAUAGUAAAAUGCAUCAGACUGGAAAUUUGAGGUAGCUAGUGUAAAACGAGAUUAACCAAAAUUGUAUGGACAUUGAUGCACUUCCACAACAUCGCCACCUGGGGGCGGUGUUGUUUCAUUCAGAGCAGGGACCACGAGUGAUGGAGCCGUCGACGGUGGACGAUAAACCGGGUUGGCUGCGUGAAUCAGUAACAUUAAUAACAACCACGAGAAAAGCUUGAUUAUAUUAUAUGUGAGUUGCGGCAUUAGGAGAGGAACAGCUGUGCAGAUCGAGGCUGCUCUUCUUCACAAAGCCUGUGACCGCUCCGCAUCCUUCCGCGCUAUUGUUGUACCCGGUGCCCGCCCAUACUCCAGAGCAUCUGCAGGAGACCCGACUACAUCAGACACUCAUCACAUAGGAGGUAGGCUGUGAACUUUCGGAGUUCAACUCGCCUGAUGCCAUUUUAAACAGAUGAGAUGCGGAUUCCUAGAAGCUGUUCCCGAGCAGUUGGCCUUUUCUCUGACAAUAACUUGUGUUGUUGCACCGCCAGCAGCACGACGGAUGCUAGAAAGUAAUACCUGCACUAUUAAAUAUUAACGAGAUCCACCGCCUAGUAUGGACUUUCCAGGUCAUUUCCAGCAUAUUUUCAAGCAGCUCAACUACCAGCGUCUCCAUGCUCAGCUGUGUGAUUGUGUGGUGGUGGUUGGGGACCAGAGCUUCCAGGCUCACCGCUCCAUCCUGGCUGCAUGCAGCUCCCACUUCAGGGCACUUCUGAGUUCCAGUGACAGUUGUGAUGAAGUUGGAGGACCAGCAGCUGACAGAGGAGGCGGCCCUGGUGUGAUGGAGCUGGACCCAGAGGUGGUGACCCCAGAGGCCUUCUCCACCCUGCUAGACAUGAUUUACACCUCCACCCUCUCUUUGGGGGCCUCUAAUGUGAUGGAUGUACUGUUGGCAGCAUCGCAUCUUCACCUCAACACUGUGGUGAAGGCCUGCAAGCUCCACCUAUCCAGGAAAAACUUCCCUGCAUCGCCACCUAAAGGCUGGAGGUCAGUGCAACAGCAGCAGCAGUGUCCCCAAGCAGAGGGGUCAGUCGCAUUGGUCAUGGAGGAGGAAGAAGUGGGAGUGGAGGUCAGUCAGUCUGGUGAGGCUGAAGACCAGAGGGUGGGGGGGAAAGUCAGUGGUGAGCAGAGCACUGCACCAUUUUUGAGACACAAGAGAAAGUUACAUGAAGAAAGGCUCAGUGGCAAAAAGAAAUCCUGCAGGCUGCCUGAGGGAACCUUUAAGGAGUGUUCACCUACUGUAACCAGAAGCACUGUCAGUACAGAGGAAGGAGGAGAGGAGCUGCAGUCCCCAGACUGCCUGAAGACGACUACCGGCGGACUCUGGGAGGGCCGAGACGAAGAGGAGGAAGUGGAAGAGAAAUACGAAGCAACUAAAGGAGAGUCAGAGGAGAUCCAGCUGCCGAGCCAGUCACACUGCAGCAUCGAAGGAGUAGGUCUAUGGGGGAAGGGUGGAGAUACAAGUGGAGACACUGUAGUCAAAGUAAAGGUUGGAGAAGAAGCGGAGGAUGAUGGAGAGGAGCCAAAGAUGGCGAUGACUGAGGUGAAAAAAGAAAAUAUGAGCUCAUGCUCCUCAGAUUUGGACACAGUACCAAAUAAUUCUCCUCCGUCUCCACCCCAAGACUGCACAGACAAUUUGGAGACACAGCUAAAUGAUGAGAAAAUAUCCCCAGCCCAUGUUACCUCUUUACAAUCUCAGCUGUGCACAGAUCAUCAAACUGAUGCACAGAGAGAGUCUGCAGAUUUGGGCAAGGAGUCAGUAGAAAGCGGUGAAGGCCUGGACAGCCUGUCAGAACUGGCCUUUUCCUGUUUCCUUAAUCCCAGUAGUGAAAGUGUAAUGGGAGCUUUGGGAGAAGAAGACAGCCUAGCUAGCCUCACUGCUGCUGCUACUGCUGCCGCUGCCGCCGCCGCCGCCGCCACCAGUGAUACUCCUGCAGUUGCCACGGAUGAACUGUGUCAAAACCCAGAAGCUCAGCCCCCUGUUUCCACGUCCUCUCUUGUUUUCCCAGUAUCAUCCGUCCCCUUGCAGCAGCUUCUUCCAACUCAGGGCUCUGGUUUCAGCGACACACUCAUCUUCCAGCCCACCCAGAGCUCUCUGACAGGGUUCCUGAGUGGCAUCAGACCAGGUCUUACUCUGGAAACCUCCCUCAUCCAACCCUCUGGAGCCGGAAAAAGCUCAGGGGCAACAGCCUUCCGUCGCAUUGCCCCCAAAGCGCCACCUGGAUCAGAAGCCAGCACAGAUCGUUCCUCUUUAUCGGCGGUGGAUGCUGCUGAUCGGCCACCUCUCACUAGAGCUUCUGAGGAUGUUCUGUCCAAGUGCAAGAAGGCAGCUGCUGAGGAUCACGUGCUGCUGGUGGAAGGGGAGAAGAAGUAUGCCUGCAAAAUCUGCUGUAAAACCUUUAUGAACCUGACUGACUGUAAGAAGCACAUUCGUGUCCACACAGGAGAGAAGCCCUAUCCCUGUCCAAAGUGUGGCAAACGCUUCAGCCAGUCCUCCCAUCUGUACAAGCACUCGAAAAAUAGUUGCCUAAACUGGAGAGAUGAUCAGUCAUUCCCAGACACCCUGCUUUGACCUGCACUGAUUUGAUUUGACAUAAAUUUGAGUUCUUUGGCAAUAGGGACUCUGUAAAAUUGAUUAUUUAUAAACACAUACACUUCCCUGAUCAGUUUUUGAUUUUAUCUUACAUGAAAUCAAAUUCAAUUAGCUGAUGUAAUUCAUAGGUUUUAAAAUGUUUUUUUUUAAAAUAUAUUCUCAACUAUGCUCUG